AUGUCAGGCAGGAAAGCCGGUUCGAACGGGAAAGCGGCGAAGGGGAUAGAAGAAGCAAGUGCUCUGAAAUUACUCUCUAGUCGGGAGGAAGAGGAUGUGGAGGGUGAGGAAGAGUCAACAGACACUGAUGAGGAAGGAACAGAUUCCGCCGACGAGAGCGAAAGCGGAGAGGAGGAAAUUGAGGAGGAAGGGGAGGGCAAGGGAGAUACGGGGGAGGAAGAAGGGGAGGUGGGAGAGGAUGAGGAGGAUGGAGAAGACAGUGACGAAGAGGAAGCAGAGGAGGGAGAAGAAAGCCAAGGGUUUAGUAUACUAGGUCCUGAAAAGCCGUCUAAGAAUGUCCCCGCUGUUUCAAAUCCGGGGAUUCAACUUAGUUCAGCGUCCGCGUUGAACCCGGUCAGAAGCUUCGACGAAAUGGGGCUGGAUCCGCGUCUGCUGCGCGGGCUGGUGAAGCGGCGUCUGCUGAAUCCCACCCCCGUGCAGCAGUACUGCGUGCCGCUCGCCAUGGAGGGGCGCGACGUGGUGGCGAUGGCGCACACGGGGUCGGGCAAGACCCUCGCGUACCUGCUGCCGCUGCUGCACCGCGUGCUCGCCGACAAGGACUCCGCGCCCGCCGCCCCUGGCGCGGGGGGGACCUGUCCGCGCGCAGUGGUGCUGGUGCCCACGCGGGAGCUCUGCCAGCAGGUGGCAGAGGAGGUGACAGCCAUGGCGCAGUACUGUGGGGGCGCCAUCACCGUGCAGCGCCUCACCACCGGCAUGAACAACAGCGCCAUGCGAGCGGCCAUGGAGAGGCGGCCAGACGUGGUGGUGGCGACGCCGGCGCGCAUGGCGGCGUGUGUGGCGGAGGGGGUGCUGUCGCCCUCGGCGCUCAAGACACACCUGGCUGUCAUGGUGCUGGACGAGGCGGACGUGCUUUUAUCGCACGGCUACUACAGUGAGGUGCAGGCCAUAGCGCGCCACGUGCCUGUCAGCUGCCAGUGCCUGCUCCUCACCGCCACCUUCAGCUCCGUCUCCCCCCCUCAUUUUUUUGUGCCCGCCUGCCUGUUUAUGUUCCGAUUCUUCUCCCCCCCACCCCGUCGUCCCCCAUCCACCAGUGACGACAUAGAGCGAUUGCAAAAGCUGGUGCUGCAUAAUCCAGUGGUCGUGCGACUAGGAGACAGCUCAGGUCUCCUUGAGGAUGCCCAGGGGGGUGCUGGGGGUGCGGGUUUGGGAGUGGAAGGACAGACAGCAGCAGAGGCAGCUGCUGCAGGGGAGGCAGCAGAAGCAGGUGCAGGCGGUCAGAGUAACCAGAACCAGUCUCUCCUGCCGCCCAAUAUCCGCCAGUUUGCCGUCCGCUGCGAGGAAAAGGACAAACUACUCCACCUGCUCGCGCUGAUUCGCCUGCAGCUGCUGCAGAAAAAGGUUCUCAUUUUCACCUCCACUGUCGAAGCCGGUUUCCGCGUGAAACUUUUUCUCGAGCAGUUUGGCAUCCGGGCAGCCGUGCUAAAUUCCGAGCUGCCCGUCGCGUCUCGGCUGCACAUUCUGCACGAUUUCAACGCCGGAAAGUUUUUCUUCCUCAUUGCCACAGACGACGACAAUGGGGGGCUCUCUGCGAAAGAUGGGGGGAAAGGGGGGAACAAUAAUGGAAGGGGGGAUUCUGGUCGAGACUCGAAGCGGCGUAGAGUAAGGAUAGCAGAGGGAGGGGAGGGAGGGCGGGAGGAGGGAGAGGAGGAGGUGGAGAGGGAUACAGGGGAGUAUGGAGUGGUGAGGGGUAUAGACUUCAAGAAUGUGAGGACGGUUAUCAACUAUAGUGUGCCGAACCAGCUUGCGCCGUACGUCCAUCGGGUGGGGAGGACCGGCCGAGCCAGCAGCGUUGGCAUGGCAAUAACCCUGGUGUCCCCUAAAGAGGCGCCGCUAUUGGAGGCUCUUGACAGGAAGAUUGCCCAGUCCAUGGCAAUUGUGGGCGGCGAGAAGGGCGGCGAGGAUGGCAAGAAGGGCGGCAAGCAUGUCGGCGUGGAGCAUGGGGUCAAAGGGGAGAGUGGUAGCAGUAGGAAACGAGCACGGGAAGCAGAGGAUGAGGAGGGUGAGGAGAAUGAAGAGGAGGGAGAAGUGGAGGAUGACGAGGAAGAGGGUGAGGAGGAAGGAACAGAUGAGGAAGAGGAGGACGACGAGGAGGAACAGGAGGAUACAGAGGACGAAGAGGACUCAGAUGAGUCAGAGGAAGAAGAUUCAGAGGAAGAGGAAGAGGAAGAAGAGGAGGAAUUACCAGCAAAGCCGAAGCCAUACGAGUGCAGGGCGAUAGUGCCGUACCCAUACCUGCCGAAAGAAGGAGUGGAGGCACUGCGGUACCGUGGGGAGGACGUGGCGGCGAAGAUCACCCGCGUGGCUAUCCGCGAGGCAAGAGCCAAAGAGCUGCGGUGGGAGAUUCUCAACUCGGAGAAGCUUAAGGAUCACUUCGAUCUGAACCCCAAGGACAGAGACCUCCUGAAGCAUGACAAGGUGCUGGCCAAGGUGGCCCCCUCCCCGCACCUCAAGAUCUACGACAUCGGUGAUAUAGUCGUUCUAGGCACUUUCCUGUAA